GAAAACCUUUUUCUUCGGAUGUAGGGGUGUGACAAAAAGCUAAACAAAAUGGGGCAUAAACAAUAUCUGGCUGUAGGCCAGUCAGCCAGGAACACCAUCUUCGGGUUCACACCACGUCUGAGGGGUGACAAGCCGUUGAACAUGCUGAUAUCACAACAGGGCAAGAUAAAUCAUGGACGCCUAGCAGUGAUCAUGUUCAGCAUUUGUACGGUGGUACUCGGGAUCAUCCUCUCCUUUGUACCCUGGUUGGACUACAUUAUAUUUAGUGAACUUAAACUCUGGAACGGGUCUCUAAGCUACAGCUACUGGCAGAAACCUGGUGUGGUCAGACUCACCAAAGUGUACAUCUUCAAUGUCACCAAUCCACAAGGUUUUCUUGAAAAUGGGGAGAAGCCUAAACUAGUGGAAGUGGGGCCGUUUGUUUACAAGGAAGAUAUGGAGAAGGUGAACAUAAAGUUCCACGAUAACGACACGGUGACGUUUCAACACCACAAGAUCUUGCGAUUCGUGCCUGAGAUGAGCGUCAAUAAGGACCAAAAGCUUGUUGUACCUAACAUUCCUUUAUUGACGGUAACUUCAUUCUCUCCCAACAUGGCAAGUUUUGUGUUCAAUCUUCUGGUCUCUGGCCUCGCUUUAACAUACCGCGACAACGCGAAGCCGUUCGUCGAAGUCACUGCUGAACAACUAGUUUUUGGGUACAACGACCCUCUAGUUACUCUAGCUCACUACUUCUAUCCAAAAGGAAAGAGACCUAAUAGCCAGAUGGGACUUUUACUAGCGAGAAACGGCACGCUAGCUGAGACUGAAACCAUUUACACAGGCCAGCAAUCGCUGGAGAGGUUCGGGUAUAUCGACAAGAUAAAUGGUCUGGACCAUCUCGUCCACUGGAAGGAUCGGCCUUGUAACAACAUACAAGCUUCAGAAGGCUCCUUCUUCCCGCCUCGGUCAGUCACCAAGAAGGACCUGGUGUACAUCUACGAUAAAGAUCUCUGCAGGAUAGUGCCCUUACAGUACCGGGAAGACGUUUAUAAAGACGGUAUCCCAACCGGCAAGUACACACCGCCUUCAUCAACGCUUGAGUGCGCUGACGUCAAUGCUGACAACAAAUGUUACUGCCAAGGCGAGAAAUGUCCACCGAGAGGCCUCCAAAAUAUCAGCCCCUGUCAAUAUAAUGCACCAGUAUAUCUCUCAUUUCCUCACUUCUACGAUGCUGAUCCCUCUCUUCUGACUGAAUUCGAUGGCCUGAAACCUGACAAGGAAAAACACGAAACAUACUUUAUGAUACAACCUAAACUGGGAGUCCCGCUCGAAGGCUUCGUUCGAGUCCAGCUGAACCUCAAGGUUAAUCAAGCGAAUAGUAUCAAAGUCAACAACAUCGACAAGUUCCCGAAUACCAUAUUCCCAGUUAUGUGGCUGGAAGAGGGUAUUCAAGAAGUGUCACCAUCGAUAUGGCGCUGGAUUUACCUGGCCACCGUUGUAGCACCAGUUGCCGGUCCCAUUUUAACCUACGGCAUGAUUUUGCUCGGAAUUUUCAUCCUAGCCAUUGUCUUCGUAAAAGCUUACAAAAGUUUCGUUAUUGGAAAAAAAUCCACAGAAAUUGUUGAAUUAGGAAGAGAAACCAUACGACGAGGUUCAACGCUGAUUAUUGAUUAUUCACAUAAGCUGCUGCCUCAUAAAGAGACUGCGUAUCAUCCAUUGGACACAAACCCAACCAACUCGACAGAUGAUCCAGAAUUCAAAGAAAUACAUCAUUUAAAAAGGCUAGACCUUAGUCAAAGUUUAGACGAAUUCAAGAAAAUUAAAAGAGAAUUUGUCAAAUCUCAUUUCAAUCUACACGAAGCUGAAAGAGAGAGUCUCAUACAUUCAGAUAAUUCAUUCAUACAAUCCGAAUUGAGAAGAUGUAGUGUUUUAAAUUUGUACGAGGAGUAAAUGCGAUUAUACUGCAACAGUUUACCGAACUACGACUCCAAAAGAAAGGUGGUAAUGUGCUUUUAGAAAAACUAAAAAACGACUGUGAUGAAAAAGUGCCGAACAAAAGAGAACAAAAACUUUUAGUGUGUGAUAUUUUGUCAAUGUGGAAUUCUUUAUAAUUAUAUAUAACGGUUAGGCAUAGAAUUAAGACUGACCAAUAAAACUUGGACCGUCGCCAAGUGUUGAAAGCACGUUUAUUGAUAUUAAAAAUCACUACCGGGGUCACUAUUUCGGAGUCUAAAAGCAAUUUGUAAGACUUUAUGUAGUUCUUAGUAGAAAAUAUUGCCAAAUGUUUAACUUGCGUGGCCUCUAGAUCCAAGCUUUUUUUCACAAGUUUGGAUUCUGGAUAAACCUAUUAAGUAUUUUUAAAUCUUUGAUGCUUCAUUAGGAUCAUCUUUUUGUAUGAGGCAGUGGGGCUUUUUCAGAAACGGCUAGUGCUUUUUUACUUAAUAUUAAGGUUGUGUCAUGACCGAACAUGGGUUCCAUAAUUAUCGGAGUAUAAAUUUAAAAUAAACUUGCUCAUGUUUUAGAUGUACUAUGUUAUA